UUUCCUUGUGUUCACCCGCGUAAUACGCCUGUCCUUCGUCUCUUUAUCUCUCUCCACACAUUUCUUAUUUUUAUUUCUUUUAAUUUCCAGAAAUUUCUCAUCAAAUAAAAACUCCAAUCUCUCUUCCAGGAGCAAAAAUCAGAGCAGUUUCAAAAGCCUUUCAACGUUCUCUCAUUUUGUGUUUUUUGAGUUUAUUUCUCUCCCAUUAAAGCAAAAUUUUGAAGCUGAAAAAGGAAAAUUGCGGCAAUUUUUGCGAGAUUGGUGGGGGAGUCGAAGACUCAGGUGGGAAAAUUUCGAAACAGAGGAACUUUGGAUUCUCUCUUUCUGUUUUUUCCCUAAGCUUUUCUCUUCGAAUUUGCUCGCCUCUCGAGAUUUCGUGUUGUUAAAAUAAAAAAAUCAAAGAAAAACCUUUGAGUCGAGCUGAAAUGCGAAUGCCUUCUUCCUGCAUGCUGUUGAUUCUCCGAAACGAUUCGGGUUCGUGUGAAUUAUGAGAUUCGAAAGUUCUUGAAAUGGACAGCUCAGAGACAUAGAAAUUUUUGAAGAUUUGCAUUGUUGAAGGAAAAUCUAUACCUACAGCUUUGGACUAUAACUACAGUCAAUCUCAAUUAAUUGGUUGUUCAAUAAAUUUUGAUUAAAAAAGAGCUCAAUAUGGUGGCACCACAGUUAGCUGCUGUCGUUUCCAAGUUGCAGACACUAUCUACUUCAGACCAUGCCUCUGUGGUCUCUAUGAACAUAUUUGUCGCGCUUCUUUGUGCUUGUAUUGUGAUCGGUCAUCUUCUGGAGGAGAACCGAUGGAUGAAUGAGUCAAUUACUGCCCUUGUCAUUGGUCUUUGUACUGGAGUCAUUAUUCUGUUGACAAGUAGGGGUAAAAGCUCACAUCUUUUAGUCUUCAGUGAAGAUCUUUUCUUUAUUUAUCUUCUGCCCCCAAUUAUAUUUAAUGCUGGUUUUCAGGUGAAAAAGAAGCAAUUUUUUCAUAACUUUAUCACCAUCAUGCUGUUUGGGGCUGUUGGUACAUUAAUAUCUUGUACAAUUAUAUCAUUAGGUGUUAUUCAGUUCUUCAAGGAAAUGGACAUUGGCUCCUUGGAUAUUGGAGAUUAUCUAGCAAUUGGUGCAAUCUUUGCUGCAACGGAUUCUGUUUGCACACUGCAGGUGCUUAAUCAGGAUGAGACUCCGUUACUCUACAGUCUGGUUUUCGGAGAGGGUGUCGUAAAUGAUGCUACCUCAGUGGUGCUUUUCAAUGCAAUCCAGAGCUUUGACCUUACUAAUAUCAAUCCCAGAAUUGCUUUGGAGUUUAUUGGCAGCUUUUUUUAUUUAUUCUUAACGAGCACAUUUCUGGGAGUGAUUGUUGGGCUGGUAAGUGCUUACAUUAUCAAAACAUUGUACUUUGGAAGGCACUCAACAGAUCGUGAGUUUGCUCUUAUGUUGCUCAUGGCGUACCUUUCGUACAUACUGGCUGAACUGUUCUAUUUGAGUGGCAUUCUCACGGUGUUUUUUUGUGGGAUUGUGAUGUCACAUUAUACCUGGCACAAUGUUACUGAGAGUUCAAGAGUAACUACCAAGCAUGCUUUUGCUACCAUGUCGUUUGUUGCUGAGACAUUUAUCUUUCUUUAUGUUGGCAUGGAUGCCUUGGACAUUGAGAAGUGGAGAUUUGUAAGUGAUAGCCCUGGAACAUCAGUUGCCGUUAGUUCAGUGCUGCUUGCUCUGCUUAUGGCUGGAAGAGCAGCUUUCGUGUUUCCCCUUUCAUUUUUAUCCAACUUAGCAAAGAAAUCAGCUAGUGAAAAAAUCAGCUUUAGGCAACAAAUUAUAAUAUGGUGGGCUGGUCUCAUGAGAGGUGCUGUAUCUAUGGCACUUGCAUAUAAUCAGUUUACAAGGUUAGGGCAUACUCAGUUGCGAGCAAAUGCAAUUAUGAUUACGAGCACUAUCACCAUUGUUCUUUUCAGCACUGUGGUUUUUGGUAUAAUGACUAAACCUCUAAUCAGGUUCUUGCUGCCUCAUUCCAAAGUAACAACCAGUAUGCUCUCAGACCCAUCCACUCCCAAAUCAGUUACGGUUCCACUUCUUGGAAGUGGCCAAGACUCCUUUGAGGAUGGUUUAGGUGGAAUUCCUCGGCCAAGCAGCAUUCGCGCACUUCUCACAACUCCAACGCACACUGUUCAUCACUACUGGCGCAAAUUCGAUAACGCCUUCAUGCGCCCAGUGUUUGGUGGCCGUGGUUUUGUGCCCUUUGUUCCUGGCUCCCCAACAGAAAGGAGUGAACAUAAUGAACCUCAAUGGCAGUGA